CCGGCUGUGCGACGUUCGUCCCAGAGGUAAUUUAUGGGACAUCACUAAAUGUAGAAUAAAGAUCGGCAUUUGUGCGUAGACCGUGACUUCAAUUUCCGUCGCUCCAAGUACUGGUUAACUACAUUCCGCCCAAAAAUCUACCAAAUUCUACCCAGAAGUCUACCAGAAUCUACCAAAAAUUAUACCCUUUCCCCACUGUCAGCCGCACCAGUACCUUCUCGUCGCGACCCCUUCCUCUCAUCGCUGGUUUCCAUUCUCAUCGCGUCCCGAGCAGUGCGCAUCGGCCAUAACCACCCUCGUCAAAGAGAUAUAAAGCGCAUCCUCGUUAGAAGCUCGUCAGCAUGUGGCGAUUAAAGCACAUGAUGGGGCUGGAGGGACACCAGGGGCCCGGCGGCAGCCAGACCGCUGGCCCGCUGGAAGGCAAGACAGUGGAGGUGGGUCGCGUUCAGGUGCAGGUUCGCUCCACCAUCGCUCAGGGCGGCUUCGCCUUCGUCUACCUCGCCCGCUGCUCGCACUCGGGCCGCGCGUACGCGUUAAAGCACAUCGUCUGCAGCGAUCCCGAUACCAUGGAGCAGGUCCAGCGCGAGGUGUCCGUUCUCAUGGCGUUAAGAGGCCACCCCAAUAUAGUCACACUCCACGCGCACGCGCUCCUGGAUUCCGCCGGAUCCGCCGGAUUAGGGCCUGGCGGAGCCGCGGCUGUUGGCGCUGGAGGGAUGGGGCACGGCGGAGCGAGUUUGGGUGGGCUAGGCGGUGGUGGUGUUGGUGGUGGUGCGAUGGGCGGGACUGGUCGCAAGGAGGUUUUUCUAUUAAUGGAGCAUUGCGAGAGGACGCUCGUGGAUGUCAUGGCGGCCCGGGGCGCGACGCCGUUCGACGAGAAGGCGCUGCUGCUCACGUUCCGCGACGUGUGCAACGCCGUGUUCGCCAUGCACUGCCAGCACCCGCCCAUCGCGCACAGGGACCUGAAGGCGGAGAACAUGCUGCAGUGCGGGGACGGGUCGUGGCGGCUGUGCGACUUCGGCAGCACGAGCACGCGGCACCGGCGGAUCGAGCGCGCGGAGGACAUGGGGCUCGAGGAGGACGUGAUCCGGCGCAACACCACCCCCGCUUACCGCGCGCCUGAGUUGUGGGACCUCUUUCAAAAGGAGAUGCUUAGUGAGAAGGUCGACAUAUGGGCCCUGGGGUGUCUGCUGUACCGCAUGGCGUACUUCCGGUCAGCGUUUGACGGCGAGUCCAAGCUGCAGGUGCUCAACGGCCGCUACUCCAUCCCCGACGCCCCGCGCUACUCCGCCGCCGUGCCCGCGCUCGUACGGGACAUGCUCGCCAUGCAGCCAGACCGCCGCCCAGACGUGCUGCAGGUAUGGCGCCGUGUGAACGAGCUAUUGCCGCCAGAGAUGCGCAAAGCCAGCCCUGAUUGGCCACCACUAACGCCCAAGCCCUCCUCAUCUCCUGCUGCUUCUGCUACUGGACGUAGGCCCUCCUCCCCCUCGCCACAGCACCUGCAGCUGCAGCAGCAGCGAGACUCAGCACCACACAGAAAUACAGCUCCUGGUGCCACCUCUGCAGCACCACCGGCUGCUGCUGCGACUGCAGGAGCAGGAGGAGCAGCAGGGUCGUUUUGGGCGAACUUUGACUCGUUCCCAGCAACCCAGACAGCAGCUUCUAGUAGCGCUGCUGCCCCUGCGCCUCCUGCUGCUGCCUCUGCGCCUCCUGCUGCUGCCUCUGCGCCUCCUGCUGCUGCCUCUGCUACUUCCACCCCUGCAGCUGCUUCUGCUGCUGCUGCUGCUGGUUCUGGUACCAAUAAGCCAGCAGCUGCUGCUGCUGCAGCUGGCAGCAGGCCAUCGUCUGCCAGUGUAUCGGCCAGCGCUGCAGAGAGAGUGGUUGAGAGGCGGGCAGAGGAGGAGAGGAGAGGCAGCUCUGCUGACGGCGCAGGCGCAGGAGUGGGUAUGGGUUCGGAUAGUGGUGCGGCAAGAAAGGCAGGCUCGUCACCAUCAGCAUCACCAUCGCCACCGCGAUCUGGAUCGCGACUGCCAUUGGUGGCGGAUGAGGUGGAGCGGCUGAGAGGCGAGCUGCAGAGGGUGCUGCAGGAGAGGGACGAGCUACGGGUAACGUGCAGCAAGCUGACUCUGGUCGUGCAGACGCAGCAGGCGGAUAUUGCGGCUCUACAGGCUGCGCUGGUGCAGCAGCAGCAGCUGGGGCAGGGUGGUGCUGGCCGGGGCAGCAAUGGCGAUAGCCACGCCGGUAGUGCUGCUCGUGGCGUUGGUGGCGGUUCAGGGGGGGAGAGGAACGGGGGUGAUUACAGGGGUGAUGGGCGGAGGAGCCAGAGUCAAACAAAUGAGCGAGAGAGGAAGGGGGCGGAUAUGGGUGCGACCAGGCAAGAGAAGAGCGAGGAAGAAGAGACUCCCAGGUUAAUCGUGAGAGGCGAGGGGGAGAGAGAGCAGGAGGAGGAGGCAGAGAAGGUGAUCAAUUUGAGGUUUGAGGAUAUCGGGAGCCCUGUGCCCGUGUCAUAUGAGUCCCUCAAGGGGGGUGGUGGACACAGAGGGCACAAUAGCAACAGCAGCAACAAUACCACCACCAGCAGCAGCAGCAGCAGCAGCUACAGAGACAACGAUAACAGCAGCACUUGGAGAAGGGCUUCAGCAGCAUCAGGUGCAUCUGGUGCAGCCUCCAGAGCUGCUGGCUUGCAAGCAAAAGCAGCAGGGGAGGCAGCUCACCGCCGCAACUCCUCACCGGCACACAACACUCAGCGAUCCUCCUCCCCUCCCAAAUCCCACUUGCAGCAGCCACAGCACCAGCACCAGCACCAGCACCAGCAUCGACAGCAGCAGCAGCAGCAGCAGCAGCAGGAGAAGGAGCAGGGGUAUUGGCCAGCCCAUGGCAGCGUAUCCUCUUCUGCCCUCCCUUCUACUGGUGUCCCUGCCACAGCAGACCCAGGAGGAGCCUUCGCUACUGCAUCUGCUAGUUACAGCAGCAGCGGCGGCAGCGGUAGAGGCAGUGUGACCAGGCCUCGUUCCCCUCUCCAACAGGAGCAGACUGAAGGUUCUAACAAUGCUCCGGGCAGCGCUCCGGGCAGUUGGAAGGAAUCGGCUGCAGCUGGUUUUGGUGCUGGGCCUGCUGCUGCUGCUGCUGCUGCUGCUGGUGCUGGUGCCUUGUAUGGUGGCCACGGGUGGGAAUCGUUUGGUGGUGCCUCCGCUGGUACUGGUACUGCUGGUGCGUUCUCUGCGUCUGGCUUUGAGGCCUCUCAACCCCAGCAGCAGCAGCAGCAGCAGCAGUACACAUCUGUUGCAGCGUCAGCACCGGGCUUUCACCAGCCCUCUGGCUGGGCUGCCUUCUAGCCAAGCACGCUCCUGACUUCACUUCUCAGCCAUGGAACGAGAAGGAUACAUGGCUAGCGUAGUGCUCUCUUGCCUUGGGCUGUAGAUCAAGCCAGGCCCUUGCUCCUCGGUAGCUUGAGAUAUGCUGGACUAUACCUUUCGUAGGUCACGCCUAUGCCCUCUCUGCCUGCCACCUUGGUUUGAAAUACUCCACCUUGUGGUAUAUUUCAUACUUAGCAUUUCUGUAAGUCGUUUAUCGUUAGAUAAUGUCGAAUCCUACUGUAGAAGAUAAGUCCGUAGGAUGAUGUCAGCAAAUAGCGCUCGUCAUAGGACAGUCAUUUCAGUCACA